ACAAAAUCCCACGUGACUGGCUCUGCUCUCAGACCAUCAUGGCGUCUCCCAGUGGGAAGGGAUCCCGGGGGCCGGAGGCUCCGACCUGCGGGCCCCGGUCGCUCGCCGGGGAUCUGGUGGACUCCGUGGACGACGCGGAGGGGCUGUACGUGGCGGUCGAGCGGUGUCCGCUGUGCAACACCACCCGCCGACGGCUGACCUGCGCCAAAUGCAUCCAAAGCGGCGAUUUCGUCUACUUCGACGGCCGCGACCGGGAAAGAUUUAUUGACAAGAAGGAAAGAUUAAACCGACUUAAGAGCAAGCAAGAAGAAUUUCAAAAAGAAGUGUCCAAAGCUAUGGAAGGAAAAUGGGCAGCAGAUCAGUUGAGAUGGAAAAUAAUGUCAUGCAAGAUGCGGAUUGAACAGCUGAAACAAACCAUAUGUAAAGGAAACGAGGAAAUGAAGAAAAAUUCUGAAGGCCUUCUGAAAACCAAGGAAAAGAAUCAGAAGCUCUACAGCCGCGCCCAGCGGCACCAGGAGAAGAAGGAGAAGAUCCAGAGGCACAACCGCAAGCUCGGCGACCUGGUGGAGAAGAAGGCCGCGGACCUGCGCAGCCACCACGAGCGCCUGGCCCGCCUGCGGCGGGAGCACAUCCUGGAGCUCACGUCUGUCAUCUUCCCCAUGGAGGAAAUCAAGACCACGGGGAGAGAUCCCGCGGACAUGUCCUCCGAGAGCGACAGCGCCAUGACCUCUAGCACUGUGAGCAAGCUGGCCGAAGCCCGGAGGACCACCUACCUGUCGGGCCGCUGGGUCUGCGAUGACCACAAUGGGGACACCAGCAUUAGCAUCACAGGGCCGUGGAUCGGCCUCCCCAAUAACGGCGACUACUCUGCUUACUACAAUUGGGUGGAAGAAAAAAAGACAACGCAGGGGCCUGACAUGGAGCACAGCACCCCCGCCUACACCAUCAGUGCAGCAUUGUGCUAUGCUGCCCAGCUGGUCAACAUCCUGUCCCACAUCCUCGACGUGAACCUUCCUAAGAAACUGUGCAACAGUGAAUUUUGUGGAGAAAAUCUCACCAAACAGAAAUUUAAUCGAGCAGUGAAGAAACUGAAUACAAAUAUCCUUUAUCUUUGUUUUUCUCAGCAUGUCAAUCUGGAUCAGUUACAGCCACUACACACCCUCAGGAAUCUCAUGUGCCUGGUCAGUUCCAGCUCUGAACACCUGGGCAGGUCGGGACCCUUCGAAGUGCGAGCUGACCUCGAAGAAUCCAUGGAAUUCGUGGACCCUGGUGUCGCUGGAGAGUCCGAGGAGAGCGGAGAUGAACGUGUAAGUGAUGAAGAGACAGACCUGGGCACAGACUGGGAGAACCUGCCCAGUCCCCGGUUUUGCGACAUCCCCUCCCAGCCUGUGGAGGUGUCCCAGAGCCAGAGCACCCAGGUGUCCCCACCCAUCGCCAGCAGCAGUGCGGGCGGCAUGAUCUCCUCCGCUGCUGCCUCGGUGACCUCGUGGUUCAAGGCUUACACCGGCCACCGCUAGUGUGCGUGCACCUGCCACGGCAGCCAGCCAGCUCCCAGCGUCGGCUCCCAGGCUCACAGUGCCCUGAGAUGCUAAGUCGGCGUCUGCAACAGCAAGAGGUGGAACUGCUAUUAGUUGUUUGAACCAUGGACACACACAGGUUUGUCAGGUGAUCCAGGAGGGUGACCCCAACUAGAACCCAGGGGUCAAAGGUCCCCCUCCUCUAGCUGCAGGCAACUGCUGCUGUUGUCCCCUGGGGCUUCCUCAGGCCCUGGUUGCUCAGACUGUUCCCCAACUCUUAAGUUGUAGACUUUGGUUGAACCACAGGAAUUGGUUCUAACCGAUUAGGACUUAAAAGAUACAAACUGUUUAUAGGGUUUAUCUUUAUUCCCUACAACUUUUGUUUUGUUUUUUGUUUUGUUUGUGCAGAGAACCAGCAGGCAGGUUCAGAUA